UCAUUACAGGCGGAGUUGAUAUUGAUACUCGCGCACCGUCGCUCUUCUCUACACAGAUAUUUUUAACAUGUUCAGUGACACUUUGCAGAGAGUGAAUGUGCAUUGAUUUGAUGAUAAUGCAUUAGAGCCGUUAUAGGCAGAAUUGUUGCUUUUUCACCACCGAAUUUCGCGCGGGACCAAUGUUGACGGUAUUUUUCCUAAUGCGCUUUAACCCAAGUGUAGCCUAUGUGUACAGGCAAUGUUCACUCUCAGGCUUCUGAAGAUGCCUCCGCAAUUUUUGCCUCAAUAAACCAAGACAUAUUACCAAGAGCCGCGUAGCUCAUUCAGUACACAUGUACACGGAAUUAUAAAUUAUAGGGAUAGGCGGUGUGCGCUUAUUCUCAGCAUGUCUAACUUUCGUGGCUCAUCCCUGGCCGUCAUUCGAGUUAAAUGCAAGGGCAGGGAUGACUCCCAAACUGCGACUACCACCUAAAACAUCACGGCCCGCUGAUUUUAUAUUGGAGAACUUUUUACUUUUCAGCUGUGGAUACCAACCAAAAAGCGCUGCACAUUUGCGCGGUGAUUCCAACUUUCUAGAAAGGCCUAAUUAAAUUAACUAGGUUUGUGGAUGCAGGACGGAUGGUUGUUCAAGCUCUCUCAUGCCACCAACAAUUGUGAAAACAGGACAAGAAUGUGGCAGAAUCACUUUUUGGAAACGUCCAACAGAGAUUUCGUUGUCGAGUCGACACUGGAUUAAGUUCUUGAAAAUAGACGAGUGUUAUGCGUCUCAUGCUUGUUUCCUUUACACGAGGGCUGUGAGAGCGAAGGAGGAAUGCUUGUCCGAGAGAUAUUGCCGCUCAUUUUAGGUUUUUCGCAUUUUAUUUUUGGUCACUGCUUUCUAACGUCGUUUUUACUUUUUUUCCAGUUCACUCAGGGAGAGCCCCAGAGUUCAUGUGCGCGGAACGUUGCAGAGAGGGCGGGUGAGAGCUGCCAGCUGGCGUGCCAAUGUAGACCCUACCCUCCCCUGCCGCCCCCGCCCCCACCUCCUCCACCCCCCAGACUUCUGGUCUUCACUGUGGCUCCCUCCACAGUGCCUCCCAUGAAGCCGUGGUGGAAGGAGAUCGUGGUGUUGGGGACAGUGGGCUGUGCCUCGGUUGCCUUCCUCCUGUUGAUGGUCAUCAUCUGCUAUAAGGCCAUAAAGAGGAAACCCCUACGGAAGGAGGAGAAUGGAACAAGCCGAGGGGAGUACGCCAUGAGCUCGCGCAGCAAGAAGACGGUGGACACCAACAACACAGGGGUGUAGGAAGUGCCCAGAUAGAAGGAUCACGGCAACCACAACCCCAAACCACUAGAAAUGACAAGAAGCCCUCCUUGACUUUGAGAAGGCAGGGGGGCUGGUAGGAGGGAGAGUAUGAACUUGCAACCCAACAGCAAAUCAUGCUUCAGACCAUUGUGGGACCAUAUGAAAGAGAGCUUGGCCGUAGGUCUUUGAAAGAGAAAAGCAUUGAUAAAUAUAUUAAUCCGGGUUUGGAACUCAGUAGCUGACUCCUUCACAUGCAGGGCUUGAGGGCUUAGCACUGGAAGCCUUAACGGGAUGGCUCGUCUAGUGUGGACUCGAUGUCUAGCGGGCACUCGAUAACAGCUGCCAGCACAUUGGCCAAAUCUGUAAGUCCAUACAUCACCUUGGAGACCCCUAAGUGGACAGAAGCGACACGAAAUACAGAGGAUAAAAAAUCGCAUGCACUUUCUGUUGAAUGCAAUGAUUUCUGUCUUUCUCUUUCUGCACUUCCCGCAACCCUCCACAUUUCAUUGUCUUGUCCCCCCCCUUCCCCUUCCUCUCCUGCCUCUGAAGGUUCCUUGAUGACGCCUUUUGUUAAUUGACAUUCUACUUGAAACACAAAAUCAUGUUGAUGGACAAGGAUUGCAGUGGUCUAUACACCAAAAUACGACAAAAGAAGAACUGUCAUCGUGAAGAGUUCAAUGUAUUGCUUUUGGUCUCUGACUAUGCAAUUUGAAAGGAUAUGAGAUAUGUUCCCAAGGGUUGUUUCCUUAUUAUGAAAAUAGGACAUGAGAGUAUCCAAUGCCGACCAGUUAUGGAUCCUGUUUAGUGCUUUCCGACGCAGAUCUGUAUGUCUAGACUAUAUUAAUCAAUGGGAGAACUCAGCCCAUAGAAUUACACAUAUGUGACUCAAAGAGUUUUUUUACACAUAUGUGACUCAUAUUUAGCAAUAUGACAUCAUGAUUCACAGCGGAGCGACUUCCUGCUUACAGAAAUGUGGGCAUGCCUCAAGAGGGGGCUCCAAUUGGGAACAGCCAAUAGCGGCAGUCUUUCAAGUUUGUUCAUUUGUUAUUGUCCCGCUGUGUAUGAUGAUGCAAUAUUGCUGUGUCUACCUUUAAGAAAGGUAGAAUUAACCUUUUUAUUUGUAAGUAUAUGUUUCCCCAGAAAAGGCAUUCCAAAAUUGCAUUCUGUACUCUUUUGUCAAAGUCUCUAUUGUAAAGUUUGGCUCCAGGAUUCAGUCUUCUGGAUUUGGGUUAAUGACCUACACCUUAAAUGCACUGAAAACUUUGGAUGUUAGCUUUGCCUAUGGGCUUUCCACCCUUAACAAAGCCAGGGUUCAGCAUUUCAUUAAUGGCUAACCUGCAGUUUCUACCCUAAUAGUCUACUGGAUACAUAUCUAAAAGACAGUUGUAAAAUGACUGCGCAGGAGGGGCGCUCCAAAAUAAGGGAGGGGUGUGUAACUUUCUUUUUGCUUCGUGGAGGAUUGUGUAGAUUUUUAUUGGGCACAGGAGAGGGUAUUACAUUUUUCCCCUGGUUUAUAUUUGCUGUUUUGCAGGUUUUCCUAUAUACUUUAUUCAUGAUAUUUGCCACUCCAAAGGCCACAAAACAACAUGUUUUUCAGAAUAAGCCAGAUUUUGAGUGCUUCCAUGAAAGCUUUGUGGUGCAAAAACGUGAAGCGAAAGCCACGGUGCAAUCAAUCAGGAGGAUGAAAUUAUGCCAAUUAACUAACAACAACAGAUCUAUGUGUUGAAGCCGAUUUCUUCCUAUUUAAGAAAUAAAAGGUAGGCCUACCUGUUUUAACAGACAAAACUAAAGGCUAUCCAUAGAUUUGUUUGCCAAUUCCUCCAAUAGUGUCACCACUCCUUAAAUACAUCUGUUUCCAUGAAUGGCUCGGUCUGUUAAGUUAAAACCAGUGCUCGAAUUGAAGGAGUAGGCCUAUAUGAGGGUAUGCCAUAGCCUAGUUUCUUGUUAAAGAAACUGGCAAAAUCUAACCCUUGUUAGGUUAAGAUUUUGAAGAGAUUAAAACGGAUUCUGCAUAUAUAAAGUGACUUUAUAACAAGGUUUUUCUCCCCGAUGCUUUAUGCUAGAAACAAGUUGCAAAAUGCCCAAUGACGCAACUCCGAUGCAUAUGGGGAAUAUCUUUGCUUUGUCUCUGUCAUUCAGAGGUUGAGCUAUGAAGUUUUAUAGCCGAGAAUAUUUGAAAACAACAUUGCUUGGGAAGUAAUCUAAUAGGCCUACAAUGUGUAACUCUGUCGCUAACAAUUGAGCUAUUCACUUUCUCUAAAAGGGAAGAUUUUUAAACCCAGGCAGUUUUUAGGAAUGCGCUUGUGACUGUGUCUUGUUGGGUGAAGCCAUGGAAGAGCAGCCAGCAGUUAAAGCUUACAUUUUUCUGCGUCAGGCUUCUGUCUGGGGUGGCAAGUAGGCUACAAUGCUUAGAAUCAUAUAACAUCUUAGAUUUAAUUAUUUGCAAACAGCGACAGUUUGGUUGCAAACAAGACACACUGGUUUAGCAUCGGAGAAAUGUGGUAAAAUGAAUACAUAUCUCUCUGUUCAUUCUUCCCUGAAACUUCUAUUUUCUAAAUCGGCCUUUCUUUUGGGACAUGUUGGGAGCGACAGUUUCUCGUGCAACCAAGCUGAUUGUUUUGAGCAAAUAAAAAGUAGGUUAGGCUGCCUGUUUUUCCCCAAUCAACGCUGAAGCGUAACAGAUCCUGCGAUAGAAAUGUAAAGGUAUUUUCAGAUUGAGCUAACGAAUGCAGAGUUUACCGUGAACAUUGCCUUUACAUUUCAAUCACGAUGUAAAGCUGAACUUCCACGAUGUAGAUUGAGUAGAGACGUUUAUCUACACAAGUAUGUUAUUUGUAAUUGAAUUAGUGAUGUACUAAAAAGAUGUGUUCAAAAUGGUGUUCAAAAUAGUGUAGGCCUAUGAAUCGGGCUGCUAUUAUAUUAUGUUCUGGUCCGACGACUAUUAGCUCAGAAAAAAUGAUAUAUAAAAAAUACAUUUAGCUAAUAUCUUCAGUCAUGUACAUUGACUAGAAUUGCAUGAUAUGUGUUUUUAAAAGGUACUUUUUUAUCUGACCUGCAAAUAUGCACCCCCUGAUGGUAUUAAGGAGGUAGGACUACUUUAUCACUAUUACUGUGGUUGUAAUCAUUAUUUUGAGUUAAUUCAAUAAAGGGGGAGGGUAUUUAAUUAUUUUCAAUUACAAGGGGAGGGUCAUGUGAAAAUAUGUUUUACGUUGGGGAGGGGGGUGCAUUUUAAAAGUUUUUUAAUGACGUCUCUAGUUGGAACCCCCCUCCCAUGCAGUCAUUUUUGAGCAGUCCCUACUAGCUACCGCAGUAAAUUACUCCACCUGCAAUAUGUCUGGUACUGCAUUGUUUUCAAGGUGUGUUUCCUAAAAGCAUUGUAGCAAACAUGGUUGAUUCUUUCUCAAAGUCAAUGUACCCGAUAUCAUCAUGAAUUAAAUGUCAUGCUCAAAUCAUCCCAAAGUCUCCAAAAGGGAUUGUGUAGAAAUGUGACUUGGUGAGAAGUCAUUGACCUGGUUAGAAGCCAUUGCUAAUAUUGCAUUUGAUUGGAAAAUGCUGUAAGCCAAUAGUGGUCAGUAGAUGCAUAAGCAAACUGAUUACGGUUAGGAAGGUUAGGAAACAAACAUGUCAUUUUGUAAUUUAGUUGUACUAUCCCUUUAAUCUACGUAAACAUUGGGAACAUUUUGAGGUGUAUCCUUUUUUUUUUACCGAAUGAUCUGCCUGUGGUUCGAUCAAAAAGUUAUAUUUCUUCUGAAGAGUGAUUCUUCCAAUCCCCCUCUCCCUAAGGAUACACAGCUUUAGUGGGCUGUAGGGAAGUGGGUCAUAAUGGGUUAACAUGCUGAAAUUCAACAUACAUUAAAAUCAAACAUUUAUUGACAUCAGAAGAAGAGUAAAAUACAAUGAUAACAGAGCUCAUAGAUCAUCAUCUUGCACACAAAGGUAACUGUCUGUAUGUCCAAGCUGUCCGUCCUUCUUCAUUUCAUGCUACAAAAGAAAUCAUACUGGACACACUAUUUGCAUAGUCUAUACCUACAGCCCAUACAGUCUAUACCUACAGUUAACUCCACUACAUGAACAUAGUGGUGUAUUAUAAUGUACAAAAUAAGUAUAACAAAAAUAGCAUGAAUGUAAAUAUCAGUAUUUAAGACUUGUCUUCUUGACCGUUUCUCGUGUGUACAGAGUAAAUAAAAUACUGUACGUUUAUAGGAUUAAAUAUUAAGAAACAAGAUGUUGAAAUGCUACCAGUCUGAGUUGAGUAAAUGUUGUUGUGUGUCUGGAACAAGCCAUUCAUGUAUAUUUGAGUAAUUAAAAGGUUGUUGCACAAUGUAUGCAUCACAUACCAAAACAAUAAAUAUAUACAUAUAUAUAUUGUGCAUUGAACUAAUUUAAAUUGCAACCUGCUGACUUUUUUUUAGUUUUCAAUAAAAUUGUACUAUUGA